AUGGAUCUUCUUGUUGACCAAGACUCAGAGAAAUACUCGGCAGUUGUUACCUAUGACGGAACCCAGGGAGGGGAGCCUUUCUUCGUUCCCCCACACUGGCACAAGUAUCACGAUGAGCACAUUACUGUCCUGGAGGGUCGAGUGACUAUGACUCUUGACGGGAAGUCAACUGUCGCGACUCCCGAGACCGGGACUAUGUUUAUCCCUCGCCGGUCUGUUCACAGCUUCCGCGGGUUCCCGGGCGAGAAGGCUAUCGUCGAAGAAAGGAAUCAACCGUCGGGCGACUACAAGGCGCUGUUCUUCAACGAUGUAUUCCAGAGUGGAAAACCUCCAAGCUUUUGGCUCGCAAUUAGGUCGGCCUUUGACGGGGAUUUAUAUCCCAGUUUGCCAUUUGGUAGCAAACUCAUCGAUCAACUGUUUGUUUCAGUUUUUGGGUUUAUGGCCAAGUUAUUUGCGCCUGCAAAACCCAAGACUCUCUAG